CAAUGCCUAUACAUAAUACACCGAGCGCUCUUAUCAACAAUUAACGGUGUUUCAUGCAGCAGACAUUCUGUGGUAUUGGUAACGAGAUUUAGGGAUGAGAGAGGGUUGUACCAACGUGUUGAAUAAAUAAAGGAAACUUCAUGGAAAAUCAACCGUUUUUGCUGUGUGAAUUUAAACAAAUGAGAUGAGAGGCACGUACGGUGCAUACAUAUUAGUAUAUACAUUGUAAACGCCCAACGAUUUAUUAAUGCAACGCAACCAAAAACGUGGUAAUGCAAUGAUGGAUUCUGUAAAAUACGUCGAUGGAUUGGGAUAAGUGUACAUGCGGAUGGGUCAAUUAUUUCAGGUUUCUGACACCUUACCACAUUGGAACCUAAGUGGAAUAUUCCGAUAUCGACGGGCGAUUGGCGCUAUCGGUCAAGUACGUUGUACAUUCUACAAGUGAUAAACUGGAUUACAUCUUCGUCAAAACUGUGUCAUCAUUAUUCGUCUUUAUUCAGAUUUUGAGACGAGUGAUAAGGCCGUACAGUUUUACCUAUUAUGGCAUUUUACUAGUGUCAAAGCAUAUUCCAACGCCAUUCGUCACAAAUAAUCCAGUCGCAGUCCUAGGAACGGGGAAGAAGUCAUCUGACCAACACAAAAGAUACCCGAAGUGGAGGGCCUUGUGAUGAUCUUGUAACAUAAAACAUGCUUUCUAUCUGCCAUGACAAAAACUCAUCGUUUCACUCAAAGAUAGCCUCGCUUACCAUCUCAAAAUAGGAAUACUUGAAUUAAGGAACGGUUCGACAGCUCACGUGAUGGCGCGAGAUUCUCACGAGAUUUGGAUGGACGUCGACGACGAUGAUGACGAUGACGUUUUCGCUGAGAGUUAUAAUAAAAUGAUGCGGCAGCGGAGGGCAUCAAAGUAUGGUUCGGGGAGGCGAAAAAGCCAGUAUAGGAGACGCUCAAGCCUUGCAGUUGACUUUGACCUUGAAUUACCCAGACGAAGGUCAAGUGCUAAACGAAAGUCAAAUGCUAGACGAAAGUCAAGGUCAGCCAGGUCGAGGUCAGCAAGCUCAAGGCGCAGUUCAGCAAUGUCAAGCAGAUGCGGCAGUGGAACGGAAAGUGAUGAAUCAGAGGAGGAAGAAGACAUUGGCGAAAAUCUUAAAAUACAGCGGGAAAUAAUAACCGGACUAAAAUCUCAACCCUGGCCCAUGAAGAAAAAGUUAAAAACGCUCAAAAUGGCUAAACAAUACGUAGAUAAAUUUGAAGGACAGCUCUCGAAAAGUAAAGGAUACCAACAGAAUGCUGUAAAGGCAUUACGAAAAUUCCAUCGAGAAAUUGUGAACAUAGCUACACUACUAACUCCCUGGGAACAACGAAUAAAGAGUAUAGAAAGUCACUUUGGAUCCGUUGUGUCGUCAUAUUUUGUAUUCCUUCGCUGGAUAUUCUGGGUGAAUCUCGUAAAUUCCGCCUUUUUUCUGGCGUUCAUCAUACUUCCGGAGGUCAUAUUCUCAGACAAGACGCAAAGUCGAAAGAACGUGCCCUCGGCAGAGGAACAGACGUCUCUGAAUCUCGCUACGAUAUGGGCAUUUGAGGGUUAUAUCAAGUAUUCCCCCAUGCUGUACGGCUACUACUCCAGUAAGAAUUUAAUCAUAGUCAACUCCCGUUACCGGCUGCCGUUUGCCUACCUCGUAGUUACCCUUGCCACGUACGGUUAUUGUUUGAUAACAAUAUUAAGAAGAAUGGCUGCCAAUUCGCGCCUCAGUAAGAUGUCGAUGGGAGAUGAACAGUACGCAUUUUGUUGGAAGUGCUUCACCAGUUGGGACUUCGUGAUAUCAAACCCAGAAACUGCCAAAAACAAAUAUGCAGCAACUGCCACGACGUUUAAGGAAGCAAUCUUAGAGGAGGAAGAAAAGGCUAAAGAGGAUGAACACUCCAAACACGUGACCCUAGCCUUGCGGAUCCUGGCAAACUUUCUCGUCAUGAUCGUACUAUCAGCAAGCAGUUACGCAGUUUAUCUAGUAGUGGACAAUUCGGCAAGACUCGACGUAAAGAAACGUUUGAAUCCCACAUAUGCGGUCACCUGGUGGGAGGCCAACGAGGUAUCGAUAGUCAUGUCAGUUUUGACCUUGACCUUUCCGUCCAUAUUCGACCUGAUAGGCAUGAUGGAGCGCUACCAUCCGCGCAUUUAUCUGCGCUGGCAGCUUGCGAGAAUUCUUGUGCUAUACUUGAUGAAUCUAUACACGCUUGUAUUUGCUCUUUAUGUGAAAAUAAUAAAUACGACUGAACAAAUUGAGACCGAAACAGCUUUAUAUGAGGAGAAAUUAAAUGCCUAUUGGGGCAACAUGACAUUAAAUUGCACAAAUGAAUACUUGUACCAGGAUGACAAUGUUACAGACACUGGCGUCUCUCUAUCAACGAUAUCUCCGCCGAACUGUACGAAUAUAUCCUCGGCUGAACGUCCGCUUGAGUUGACUGCGGGGCUUUGUUGGGAGACGAUGGUGGGACAGGAGAUGUAUAAACUUACCGCUAUGGACUUGGUCAUGACCGGGGCAGGGAUUCUAGUCAUUGAUUUCUUCCGAGGCUUGUUUGUCAGAUAUGCAAAUAUAUGUUGGUGCUGGGAUCUCGAACUGAAAUUUCCUGAAUACGGCGAGUUUAAGAUUGCGGAAAAUAUUCUCCAUCUCAUAUAUAACCAGGGAAUGAUAUGGAUGGGUUUUUUCUUCGCCCCGGCCCUGCCGACCAUAAACAUUUUCAAACUGCUAGCUAUGUUGUACCUACGGGCCUGGGCAGUGAUGAUGUGCAACAUACCACACGAGAGGAUAUUCAAGGCCUCCAGGUCCAAUAAUUUCUACUUUGCUCUCCUACUGAUGAUGCUGUUCUUGUGUGCCUUGCCAGCAGGAUAUUGCAUGGUUCAGAUUCCGCCGUCGCCUAACUGUGGAGCAUUUGCGGGCCAACAAUACAUGUACCACGUCCUGAUGCAAUUCAUAGAGGCAGAGUUACCGGCAGUGGUGGGGAAAGCACUUAACAUCAUCGCAUCGCCGACAAUCAUCAUUCCAGUUUUUAUACUUCUAGUGAUGGGUCUGUAUUAUCUAUCGGCAAUGGUCCAAUCGCUAAAAGAAUCAAACACCGAGCUGAAAGACCAGCUGGAAUACGAAAGGACAGAGGAAAAGAAAAAGAUAUAUGCAAUGGCCGACGCAAGGGCAAAAGGAGAGGAUGACACUGGCACAGGCACAGGCACAAAGACGAAGGAAGACAAAACAAAGACGAGCAACAACGUGAGCAAGAAUGUCGGCAAUGCCACGGUUACUGUCAGUAAAUACGGCGACAAGGAAAUUGCGGACGUGCCGACCAUCAGGGGAAGGGACGGUGAAAACAACAUGGUCAAGAUCGUCUCCGGUAACAAGGAGAAGUUAGUCAGCAUCGACCAUCUUCAGCAGCUUGUUCAGCACCAGAACAACAUGUCUCCCAAAAAUACACCCGUUGCUGUGGUUACGGGGAAGCCUAAUGUGAAACAGAGUGUGCCUCCGACAAGAAGCAAAAAUAAGAAAUCGAAAAGAAAGAAUGAAGGUGACCAAGAGGCACCGUCACGCGAUAGAUCCAAACCACGUGAUCAUGUGAUCAACAUCUGCUUGAAUGAGGAUCAGCAUCUUGGGGAGGGUGUCAGUGACCAAUGUCAAGGUCAAAUGGACAACAAAAAGACGCAGAAACAGCAAAAGAAGGAGGAGAAAAAGAAAGAGAAGGAGAUGAGAAAAGCUCUGGAACAAAGAUUGGCUCAAGAGCAAAGAGCAGCCAAAGGAAAUAAGAGUAAGGAGGUUGUAGAUAAAUGGAGGAAGGUAAUAGUCAAGGCUAAAAGCAAGAAAAGUGAGAAUGAUGUGAGUGAGGAGGACAUUACAAGGGACAAGGGAAAGGGAAAGAAGAGUAAAAGCCAGGAUGUUUCCAAGAAGUGGAAGAAGGCUAUGAAGAAUGUUGUGAAGAAUGAGGAGGGAAAAGGGGGCAAGGGAAAGACUGGGAAGAAGAUUGACAAAAAGGAUCAGGACCUUGGCAGUAGUGAGGACCUGGUGGAGAGUGAUGAUCAGGUGCUUGAAGAGAGAGUCACAAGGAAGAAAAUGAGGAUUGCUGGUAAAAAGGGCAAUCAUAGUACUGAUAACUUAGGGAGUAGCGACGAUCAACUCAGUGAUGAGGGAGCUAAGAAGAGAAGAGCCACUAGUGGAAAGGAUGAGGGUCAUGGAAGCAAUGAUCAUUUGGGAGACAAUGAGAAUCAAAUUGUUGAUAAAAGAACAGAGCCAGGUAGAGGAGGUGAGGUCAAAAAUAGCAGAGAAGUGGUGGAAAGGGGUACAGCGAAACGGUCAUUUGGUGCAGCGCCAAAUAGUCAUGAAAACGUAAAGAACAAAGAAAGGGUGAAACUAGUUAAGAAAUCAGAUGUUGCUCAUGACAGAGAAGGUGGGAAUGCGAAGAAAGGGGAGCAUAGGAAGAUAAAGCACGAACGGAGUGACAUAGAAAUUGAGAGUGAAGAUGAACAUAGCAACAGGGAAACAGCUUCUGAGGGUGAAAGUGAUACAGAAAUGAACAGAAACCCGUGUGAGCUUCCUAGUGCGCCGAAGACAUACCCCAUGCCCAAGAAUCUGCACCAGGCUGUUUUAACUAAAGGUAAACGCCAACAAGAACCGCCUGAAAUUAUCAUAACCCGUGGGACAUCAGAGGCAAGUAGCGAGGCAGAGGAGCGAGCGAAUGUUGUGGAGACAUUAAGAAGCAAAGGGGCAAAGGGUCACUGGAACGAUAUGAGCGAAGCUGUGCAGAAGUUGGCAGUGGUUGCAGGCGGAGCUGUUGCAGGGACAAGUGAAUCCGAUAUCAAACAUUCAAGAAGUAGAAAUAAUGUCUCUAAGAAUUGGAGAGAUACGGAUAAGCCACAAGGUCAGAGAGAUUGGCAACGGAAUCCAGUAGUUCGUGAACAAAACAAUGGUACACCAGGAUUGAUAGCUGUCAAUAGUGAUGAAGAGGAAAUCCAAAAUAAUCCUCAAGGACAAUGGUCAACUGAUCACAAAACUGGGGGAAGAAAUAACAGAGUGAAAGACGAGCUGCCAAUACAAUAUACACAAAAUGUAUAUCGUCAGCAACACCAACAAUUUUCCCCGAGAGAUCAGAGAACUCAACGGCCACCUCCUAAUCCAGCUCAGACUGCAGCAGAAAAGAAAUCAAAAGGGCAUGAGAGGUCACAAACAGAUUCACAACAAAGAGGGUCAGGGGCUCAGAAGCAAAACAGAGAAUCUGUAGAAAUACAUAGACCUAGACAAGAUAGGCAAGCUGUUCACAGACCUCAGGACACACAGGAUCAGAGACAUAGACACGACUUUCAAAAUAUUCAAAGGCCUGGGGCACAAUAUGCACCCAGUAGACCUUGGAGAGCAACUCGAGGCAUAGAGAGUUCUAGCGAAGAUGAAGAGGAGAUCCCAAGCCAAGACCAUCUCGACAUUCUUAGAUCUACUAGGCCACCUGAGCGAGAUGAUCACAGACCUCGUGAAGCUCAUCAGGACGUUCGAAGAUAUAGGACAACUGCGUAUGAAGGACAGGCACCAAGGGAAGUCAAAAAAGCUAAUCAGAAACUAUGGGCAGCUGAACGUGAUGUACUGAGACCUAGUGAUGACCAUCUAGGCAAUCCAAGAGAACGGACAACUAAUCAAGGUGUACCUAGAUCUAAAAUAAGUCACCAAGACAUCCAGAGGCCUGGAAUGCGCACAACUGACCCAGACAAGCAUAGACAUGGAGAAGAUUACCAAGACCUUCCAGCAUCACGGAAUGUACAGACACGGAAGGAAGAUUACCAAGGCAUUGAACCCAGAACCGCUGCUCCGAAUAUACAGACACCUAGAAAAGACCGUAAAGACUUUCAAAGACCAACAACAGCUGCUCAAGAUGAACAGCAACCUCGAGACAUCUACAAGUACAUAGCAGAACCAAAGACAUCUCGAAAUGAACAAAGAAUUAGGGAAGGCACUAAAGACAUUCACAGACCAAGGAUAGUUGCUCAAGAUGCACGAAGACCUCGAGAAGAGAACAAUCCAAGACCUAGCACAACGGCUCAAGAUGAACAAUGGGCUAGAGAUGAAGACAUUCCAAGAUCGAGGACAGCUGCUCGAAAUGUAGAGAGACCUACAGAAAAUCAGGGAGAUGUUCCAAGGCAUAAGAUACCUAGGCAGGACAGACUAAGAAACAGACAGGAUUCCCCAGAUCUUCACAGAACCAAAGGAAAUUUGAAACCAAUAACGAUUUCCCAACAGCAUGACACUGACUACCCUGAACACGAAACUGAAAUAGAAACAAUGGAGGACCAACCAGAGAGCUCAGAUUUUGACUUCAUUACUCGUGGUAUUGGAGGUACCAAAAACUCUUUCUCCGAUAUGAUGAAGUCUCGGCCACGAAGACAGCAAAGUCACAGAUCACUGACACGUCCAGAUGUGAUACACAGAGCCUUGCUGAUGGAGAGUGGGACAUUGUCUGUCGGAGCUGAUUAUAAUGACAAGAGGCGGGACAGGGGCGAUUCAUCCCAAUCCGAGGAUGGGUUUGACGAGGAUGACCUUCGCUUCCACAGACAACCUGACCUAGAGGAAGGUCCAUAUCACCUGGUUGCAGGGGCUCGAAAUGAUGAACCCCAUGACCACUAUGCCCUCCCAAGCUCCAGAAGUUAUACCAACCAAGACAUGUAUGAUCAAAAUGAUGAUAGUAACAUUGAUGUGAGACAAGAGGGAGAGUUUCAGGAUGAUGAACCAUAUUCUGAUGAGGAAGAUGAUGCCAACAAUCAAGACGAGGGAAGAAACAGUCAGUCAUUUUCACACUUCGCAGACGUUGUUCAGGAAGCAGUCAGGCAGAAGCGGCGGUUACAAGGAAUGGAUGACAGAGGAAGCACAAGCAGUAUUCCUCCCAGAGAGAGAAGUUUCGAUUUUGGAGAGUCUUUAACUGAUGAUUACGUUGAAGACGGUAAUGAAGAACAGAGUCUUAAUCAAAGUUACCCACACAUGGUAGAUGUUGUUGAUGAAGUUGUUAGGCGAAGUGACUUUGAAAAGAGACAUAAGCAUGAUGAUGGCGGAGAAGGGCAUAAUGGGACUGGACAGUUCUGUAGGAAGGGAAGACAUGUGCACUAUCCAUCGGAAGGAGAAGAUGACAACUCAGAUGAUGAAAAUCCAUCAGGUCCUAAUGGCAAGGGUGGGAGAAAGCAGCAUUCGAGCCCUGAUAAACUGAGGAACAAUAGAGGUCACAGUCAAAAUCCUCGUCCUCAUCAUUCAAGUUCUGAUGGAGUGAGGCAAAAACAGGGGAAAGUUCAUCACUCCAGCUCAGAUGAGUUAGAUCAAUAUAGCAGACGACAGGAUUACACAACAGAUAAAACUGAAACAGAGGGUCGUUCAAAGAGGAAACUCAAACGGUAUCUUUCUGUUGAAGAUGCAUAUUAUCCAGAGCAAAUACAAAUGGAUUUGUACGAGACUCCAUCAGCAAAACACAAAGACAAGCGCCAUGAAUCAAGCUCUGGCAAAAAGCGUGGAAAGAGCAAGCAGAAAAGGGGUCGAAGUGUGGACAGUGACAGUCAUAGCGAUGUCAAUCGUUCCUCUAGAGAACAGACAAUGGAUGAGGACAGCGAUGACGCUUUCAUGCAAGUGAUAAAUGAACAGAGACGGCGGAGGAAAAACUCAAAGAAGCGUCGAAAGUGAUGAAGUUUGGUUGAGGAGGUACAAGUAUGGUUUCACCUUCUUUGGAUGUUGACCUGCUUUGUCACGAUCCUCCCAUCCUUCCCUGGAAUUUAUACCACGCAUACAUGACACUACAAGCACAACCUCACCUAUCAUAUCACACGCAGGUCCUUUAACUGUUACACACAAUUAGUCUAGUCAUUUUAUAGAUCUCAGCAAAUAGGGACAACAAAUCGCAUGAAGAGCUACUUUGACACGAUAGAAAGAAUCACCGUGACAGUCACAAUUCCUUUUAUUUCACACUGAGUUUCCUGCAGAAACUGCACAAUAUAGACAAAUACAUGUACUCCACUUCCAUAUUAUUUUAUUUACACCUAUAACCUUCCAUGUAUUCUGCCAUUUCAUCCUUGGCCUAAAUGUAGGACUGGUGCCAACUUUAGAUCCUCAAACCUAGCAACUGACAGGUAUAGGGAACAUUGGUUCGUGGCACAUGGUCUGCAAGUAUUGUUUGACCGAUGUAUGGCUCCAGUACAGGCCAAUGCCUACAGAAUAUAUUUCUACUUUCAAGUUAGCUGUAGCAGAAAGAGACCACAUCUCUAGAUUAAGGGUGCAAUAUAUGCCAUAGUUGUAGAUGAUACCUAUGUCUUUAACAGAAUGGAUUCGAAGCAGUGUUAAUAUUUGUUGGUCAGUGUUCUCCACAAGGCCAUUUGUCAGGGUGGCCCACCCUACCUUGGCAGCUUACCACCCGAACUUGGAAGAGCCACCCUACCUUGCUCUUAGAACUUUGUAGAGGGUUUCUAUGGGCCACCCGACCUUAAAUUGCUUGUCAACCUACCUUGUGUUGCUCACUGGAAAAACGUUUUGAAAAUCAAGGGUACCACCCUACCUUGAGAAAACCCUGUGGAGAACACUGUUGGUAUGCUGAAUCUGGGUCAGAAUCUUCAAUUAACUGGCCAAUUUCUAAACAGAAGAUGUAAGUAUGUAAUGAAAGAAAAACUUACAAUCCAUUCAACAACUUGACUGAACUGUUUCAGGCACUGUAAUAAACCCUUUGGAAUCUCAAGUCUUCAUUUAAAUCGUUUAAUUUUCCCUUUCAGAAAUACACGACAGCCAUCUGAACUAGACAUCAAGAGAUUCUAGUCAUGUGGUGGACAAAUCAAUAGACUGACCAAGGACAGCUAUUGCCCGAUUCACUGACUCAUGUUGGACUGUACUUGUGUUUCAAGAACUAUAAAACAUCCAAGAUUUCAAGGAGGAGAGGCAUGAAAUAACGGUUGGCCGGCACUUAUGUCAAGUUUAGAGUUCCUGCGUAGAGGGGUGCUCAAGUUACAUACAUUCACAAGGGUGUACGAAGAGUUCUUUGUACAUUGGUGAACAUUUACUGAAGUAUCUCAGAAUAGACAGGAACUCUGAAACUAUUACAUCAGUGCGAACCUGGCAUUAUAAGUAGUGUGUCAAUAGGGAGGACCACCAGCGUGUCUUGAGGGAGGAUCACGAGGUCUGAAACCCUGCUCGUGCAGUGUAUAGAUUUAGUACAGGACUACUUUUACUUGAAGACUAGUGAAAUGAAUACAUCAGUACAUGAACAUGCACUUCAAUAGAUUACUGGAGCUGUAAAUUCAUAGCGAGUUCAGGCUGACGUCUAUCAAAUUAUGCUGUUAUUCAAUAACAUGUUUUUCUUAUUCAACUGUAUAGUUUGUUAUGUUUACUGAUACUAGUCCAGAACUAGUAUUGUUAUAUAGAUAGGUUACAUGUACAGAUAGAGUAGUAAAAUAAAGUUUAUAUUUUAGUUAAAUCCUGUUGUUUCAAAGAGUUUUGAAAAACACAUUAAUCACCCACUUUCUAAAGAAAAUCAACCCUCAAUACAACCUUUCGAUUGAUUGCAGACGUCCGCUCUUUUGAUUGGACAAUCUAUUCUAAGCAACCCAACUUUUUUGCAUUUGGAAAUACCUGAAUUGGAUACAUCCUGAUACCC